CGUGUUUGAAAGUGAGGCCAAAGUGGGUGGGAGCGCGUGCUGCUGGGAGUUGUUUGGAGGUUGGCGGCGCGGGUCUGACGAUCUCAGGCAGAGCGAUCAUGUCGCACAAACAAAUUUACUAUUCGGACAAAUACGACGAUGAGGAGUUCGAGUACCGGCAUGUCAUGUUGCCCAAGGACAUAGCCAAGCUGGUCCCUAAAACCCAUUUGAUGUCUGAAUCUGAAUGGAGGAAUCUUGGUGUUCAGCAGAGUCAGGGAUGGGUCCAUUAUAUGAUCCAUGAACCAGAACCUCACAUCUUGCUGUUCCGGAGGCCGCUGCCCAAGAAGCCAAAGUAAUGAAGCUGGCGAGCCGCUUUUCCGCCUCUAGCUUUACUCAGCUGUCCUCACUUGCUAACAGCUUUCUGAUAACAUGUUGCCUUCUUGUUUCUCACUUUGCUAUUUAAAGGAUGUUUAAAAUACACUGUUUGAAAUGUGCUGGUGACUGCUUUGCUUCUUAAGCAGGGCAGAGCCACAGCAGCACUGCCGGCGAGGAGUGCUCUGUGGACUGCAGCCUCAGCGGUGUGACCCCUGAAGCCAUGAUGAGUUCUAUGUCCAGCAGAACACACGUGGCGGAUGGAGGAAGCAUCUGAGAAUGAGACCGUGGCUGUAACAGGGAUUGUGUGAAUUUGCUGUUUUGUUUUGUUUUCCUGCCAGGUGUAUGUAUGGGGAUUUGUGUUUCAAUGUAUUGGAAACUUUCCAUUUUAUUCAAGAACUCUAUUUCAUGUUAAAAGCCUUGAUUAAAGAGGAAUUUUUUUAAUAAUCUAA